AUGAUCAACAGCGAACCAUCAGAGGCGUUCUUCUUCAGCUCUUUCUCUCCCAGCGGCGGUGUUAUCAUUGCUGAUAACAAUUAUUCCGUCGAUGCAGCCAUAAAAGAGUGGGGUCUCGACCCAGAUGAGAUCACGACACAUAUUCGUCGAUGGAGUGACGCGGCGUGGAUGCAAUGGGUCAAAGCCUGCAACGACGCGGACUUCGACGACGUGAGCAACGUUAAAUACAUAUUCAGGGCAACUGUUGUAAAUCCGAGCAGUCUAGACCUUCUAUUUCAAGCCCUACGUGAAAAAUACAGCGACAGCCCUACAAUCCCGCCCAUUGGAGUCUGGAAGAACCGGUUAACCCUUGACGUGGCUGAAAAUCCUAGGCAGUUCUAUGCUGUACUUGGCAGUCCGAACGGAUCAGGGGUCGCUUAUCUUCUAAUGACUCACAAAGGAGCACUGGGAGUAAAGACGGUCAAUAAAGUUGACAUAUUUACGGGCACUACGCCUUUCACGAUCCCAAGCGACGGUAUUGGCAAAGCUGAUUCGGCAACUAUUAUACUUCUAUUCUACGUCACUGCGCCAUGA